AUGAAAGUUCCUGUCAUUUCUCUUGAUGUUGAUAGUGAUGAAAAUGAAAGCGAACCAACAUCUUCUUCAAAUCGUCUUCCACCUCCACAUCGAAAUGGAUCAAUUCGAAAAGUUCGACAAAUAAAUAUUGAUUCAAAUAUUGGAGAUUGUGGAACUGAAUCAACUUUGGAAAAUGUGAUGAAUCGAAUUGGAAGAUCACAAUCAUUGCGAAGAAAUGCGGCAGCUGUAUCUUCUGCAAAAAUGAAAUUGGAAGGAGAAUCGAGUAGAGCAACAUCACCAACUCCAAGUUUUAUUGAUUUUAAACCAAUGUUACGAACUGCAAGUCUUCGUGUAAAACAACAAUUGACAACAAGAUUGAGUGAACCAUUGAAAAAAGCGUCGAAAUUGUUGACCGUCGAAAAUGGCGACGAUGAUCAACAAUUCCAACAUUAUAGCCUUGUACAUGGCUUAACUGGGCCAAAUAAUAAUAAUCACGGUGAAGGUGUGUAAGAAUUUAAAAAAAAUCAUAAAUUCAGGCAAACUAAAAUGGGCUUUGUUUGUUUCAGCCUAGGCGUGCGUGUACUCUGAAAAAAUUAUCAAAAUUAAAAUGAAUCCCUGCAAAAAUAUAAUUUUUCAGCCGAAGAUGCUGGUUCGUCAAGUGAAGAUGAGGAUGAUCCAGAAUAUCUUGAACUCAUGGAACGUGAUUCGAUAAUAAAUCGAUAUGAAAAAGGACCGGAUAGUGGAGAUGUUGAUGCGUGGGAGAAUCCGGAUUUUGAUGUUUAUACAAAACUUGAUCGAUUCGGAUUUGUUCAGUUAGUUUUUUUCAGAUGUUCUUCGAUUUUUGUGAUCUCUCGAAAUUUUAUUGAUUUUCAGCAAAGAAGGUGAACAAUUUAGCGAGGCGAAUGAAAUCCAACGUCGUCGAAUUUUGAAAGAAUUAAGCCGCGAAAAGAAAUGGUUGAAAAUGGUAAAUAUUUGGAAAUCUGGAGGACCAUCGAAAAAAAUGGAAGAUCGAAUAUGGAAAGGGAUUCCCGAAAAACUGCGAUUAGUUGUUUGGCCACGUUUAUUAGGAGCUGAGAGAAUGAAAGACGAGAAAAAAGAUGUAUAUAAAGAUUUAUUAUUGAGAGCAAGAUUGGUAUCAAAAGAUAUCAAACAAAUUGAUCUGGAUAUUAAUCGAACUUAUCGAGAUCAUUUGGCAUUUAGGAAAAGAUAUGAUGUUAAGUGAGUUAUUUGAAAACAACAUUAAUUUACAGUAACCUAGUAAGGUUUGUUUCAGACAAAAAUCAUUAUUAAAUGUAUUAGCGGCUUAUUCAAUGUAUAACACAGAAGUUGGAUAUUGUCAAGGAAUGAGUCAAAUUGCUGCACUUUUCCUUAUGUAUUUAGACGAAGAAGAAGCUUUUUGGUGUUUACAUCAACUUAUGGUUAGUCCAAAGCAUACAAUGCAUGGAUUUUUUGUACCUGGAUUCCCUAAAUUGCAACGAUUUGAAGAGCAUUUUAAGAAAGUUCUCAAAAAGUACAAACCGAGAAUUUAUAAACAUUUGGAAAAACAAGAUAUUCCAUAUAUUUAUUUGACAAAAUGGUGGUUUGGCUGCUUUUUGGAUAGAGUUCCGUUUCCACUUGCUAUGAGAUUAUGGGAUGUUUUUCUGAUCGAAGGAGAUCCGAUUCUUAUUGCAAUGUCUUUGAAUAUUAUGAAAAUGCAUGAGAAAUUUAUUAGAAAAUCGACAAUGGAAUCUUUUAUGGAAUUUAUUCAAAAUGAUAUUGCAAAUAAUUUUGGAUAUUCGGAUGAUGAAACAAUGUAUUCAUUGAGAGAAACAUUAACUAAAUUAAAGGUAAACUUAUUUGACAUUUUCUGACCAGUGAUCUUAUAUUGCGAGGACUUUUUUUGCCACUUGAAUAUUUUGUCAGACUUUUAUAUCAGUUCUAAUUUUCUCCGAGCUUUCAAUUGAAAAAUUUUUCAAAACUGAAAGACAAUUUUUUAAAUCUUAAGCCACGUGGUAUUUUUGCAUGUCUUCACAGUAUAUUUCAAAACUGGGUUACUUAUUCUAGAGUGACCGUCAACAUGUUCCACCACCUCCACGCCCUGAAGAUCUUUCUGAAGUUCCAACAAAAGCACUCGGUCCGAUUCUUCAAAAACCGAUGGGAACAAUUCGCGAAGAAAUUCAUGAGAUUCAAUCACGUCGAAGUCGCGCAAAUUGUAAGUUCAACAAAAAUGAAUAUGAUCGAAAAUAUUUAUAUUAUCUCGAAAAAUAUUCAAAACUAUUUGGGAUUUCAUGAUUAAUUUUUUGUGUUUAUGUGUCGUCUAACCUGCAUGAUUCUUCUAAUUAUUUUUUUAACCUGUCUUCUUUUUAUGUUUUUUUUGUGUUUUGUGAUUGUGAUAAAUGUGCAUGCUUUUUGAAUUGUCUUCUAAUUCGCGCACAUCUUUUUAGCAACUGGAAGAUCACCUUAUCCGAAACGAAAAGAAUCUGCAAGAAAAGGGCCUCCUCCUGUUCAACAUAAAUUUCAAUCAUCUCAAGAUUCGAUAAAUAAAGAAGUUCCGUUUGAGGUAAGAUUCGAAAUGUUUGUAAUUUUCAAAAAUAUUAGAGAUUUUUCAGAUUCCUUCAAGAAGAAAUGUUGGUUCUCCAUCCACGUCAUCAGAUAUGAAUGGACGGUAAGCGCUUUAAACUAACCUUUUGAAAAAACUUUGUUUAUCCUAUGUUUUGUCGAAUGUCACGAUAAAAAUUUGAAAAAAACUGAAUUAAUUUGAUUUGAAAGAAAGAUCCCCCAGGUACUUUCAAAUUAAAUUUUGUUUGUUUUUUAGCAACUAUCAGUCGGUUCAGUCGUCGCAGUUUUCAAACCACCACAAUUCGAAUUCAUCUCGUUCCCGGCAAGAAACAAACGGACAUUCAACCCCAUCAAUGCAAAGAUUAAGAGAUGAACGAAAUGGUCAAAUGGUUUUGUUGAGUAGAGCAAGUGAUUCUGAAGGUGAUUCUGCAUCGCCAAUGAAAGGUUUGUGACCGGGAAAAAACUUGUAUUUAACUUGUAAAACAUUUUAAUGUUUCAUAAAUUUUGGGAAAAUUAGACUUAAAGAAAGUAAUUUUCAAAACAAUUGUUGUUCCAAUUCAAAAUCCAGAAAGAGUUUAAAAAAAGGCCCAAUUCAGAAAUCUCAAAUUUUUCAUUCGAAAUGUGAUUUGAAAAAAGAUCAUGUCAACUCCAGUAUAUUUGAAUUUGUUCAGAUUCUCCAAAUGGUUGGUCAUCAUCUUCUCAUCAACAUUAUCAUCAAGAAUCAAAACAUUCAUCCUCUUCAAAUUCUCGAAUUAUUCAAACUCCAAAUCAUGUGACACGUAUUGAACUCGAUGGUGAUAUUUCUGUAAUUUAA